GUAAUCGGUUUACUUCAAACACCCAAGAAAAAAUAUGCCACCAAAAGCAGACUGGGAGAAAUAUCAAGCAGAUCCUACCAAGAAGGAUGACGGUAAAAUAGAAGCCUUAGACGAUACAGAUAUUCAGAUAUUGAAAACAUACGGACAAGGUCCAUAUGCUAGACAGCUCAAGAAGGCAGAAACUGAUAUCAAGGAUGUACAGAAGCGUGUCAAUGAAAGAAUGGGAAUAAAAGAAUCUGAUACCGGUUUGGCACCACCAAAUUUAUGGGAUUUACCAGCUGACAGACAGCGUAUGGAGUCAGAACACCCAUUACAAGUAGCUAGAUGUACAAAGAUUAUCAAACCACAUGAAAUUGCUCAGCAACAGAGCGGAAGUGAGCAAAGUCAGCAAUCUCAACCAUCUAUUCCACUCACACAACGUAUGGCUCAAGCUGGACAAGGUGUUCUCGGCGCUGGUACUUCUGCUGAACAAGCCGGUGGUGAAGGUGACGACAAAUACGUUAUUGAUAUCAAGCAUGUCGCAAAGUUUGUUGUCGGAUUAGGUGAUAGGAUAGCACCAACUGACGUCGAGGAGGGUAUGCGUGUUGGUGUCGAUCGUCAAAAAUACCAAAUUCAAAUUCCUUUACCACCAAGAAUUGAUCCUACCGUCACAAUGAUGCAGGUCGAGGAGAAGCCAGAUAUCACUUACUCUGAUGUCGGUGGAUGCAAAGAACAGAUCGAGAAGUUGCGUGAAGUUGUUGAACUUCCAUUACUUAGCCCAGAAAGAUUUGAGAAAUUGGGUAUUGACCCACCAAAAGGUGUUCUUCUUUAUGGACCACCAGGUACUGGUAAGACAUUAUGUGCCAGAGCAGUAGCAAACAGAACAGACUCGACAUUCAUUAGAGUUAUUGGUUCAGAAUUAGUACAGAGAUACGUUGGUGAAGGUGCAAGAAUGGUUAGAGAACUUUUCGAAAUGGCAAGGAGUAAAAGAGCAUGUAUUAUCUUCUUUGAUGAAGUUGACGCUAUCGGUGGAGCUAGAUUUGAUGAUGGUGCAGGUGGUGACAAUGAAGUACAAAGAACUAUGUUGGAAUUAAUCAACCAACUUGAUGGUUUCGAUGCAAGAGGUAAUAUCAAAGUUUUGAUGGCAACAAAUAGACCUGAUACACUUGAUCCUGCUCUUCUUAGACCAGGUAGACUGGAUAGAAGAGUAGAGUUCAGUCUGCCUGAUAACCAAGGUAGAGCCCAUAUCUUAAAGAUUCACGCAAGAUCUAUGUCAUGUGAAAGGAAUAUUAGAUUCGAAUUAAUAGCGAGACUCUGUCCAAAUGCCACAGGUGCAGAACUCAGAUCAGUAGCGACAGAAGCAGGUAUGUUUGCAAUUAGAGCUAGACGCAAGGUCGCGAGUGAAAAGGACUUCUUGGAUAGUGUUGACAAGGUUAUCAGACAAGGUACCAAGUUCUCAUCUACAGGUCAAUAUAUGCAAUAUAACUAAGUGUAUAAAAAGACGGUUGAACGUAAUACAUUUGAUUUUUUAAUUGAUAUCCAAUCUAGAGAACUUUUUGCUUUGGGUAAGGGAGUUGAGGUCCGUUUUGUUGGAUGCACAUAGCACCAAGCUUGUGGCCAACUUCGACACAUUCUGGGAUUGGUGAUCCGAGGACGAAAGCAGCGACGAAACCUCCAGCGGUGGCGUCACCUGCACCAUUUGUGUCGACGAUUGCAUCCUUUGCAAGUGGUGUGACAGGGUAAGAAGUGACUGACUUGGUUCCAAUAGCAACAACAGUUUCUUGAGCACCUUGGGUGAUAACGACAAUUCUGUCCUUGCCUGAGUUGGUCUUUGGAAGGCUAGCGAUGUGUUGAGCGAUGUUCUUCAGCAAUACCAUGUGAUUGGGCGUAUGCUUCAGCUUCUGAUUCAUUACCGAAGACGAUGUCAGCGUAUGGGAUGAGUUGAUCGACUUGAUCCUUG